AUGAAGGCCAUAAGAACCUCUCGCGAGCGCGAGGUCGAGGCGAACAUCGCUCUCCGGGAGCGUGAGAUCGCCACGCUGGAGCAAGAAAAGACCGAUCUGCAGUCCUGCAUGACCGUGGUGAACCCGAAAAGGCGCGAGGACCAGCUGCUUGCUUCUUUUCCUGUGCUCGACUACUGCGGCAGAAAACCGCGUCAAACAAUUCAGAAUGUUUCCGUGGAGCAGUACGGGAACAUAAUUGUUCAGCUAGAGAUCGCGAAGAAAGCAAUCGAUGCACAGAACCAAAAGGACCGCGCGGAAAUUCAAGAACUGAGCCGCCUCAUCCGUGAGCAGGAAAAACAACAGAAGAUGCUGGCGCAAAAGACGAGGAGGCUCGGUGAAGACGCGGGUUUCGACUCCAAGUGGGUCACAAGGCGCCAGCGUGAUAAGAUGAUGAAGAUGCAGGCCUACAAGACUGACGUCUCUGUCGCUGAGCUGGAGGCGCGCACGCGUCUUAUGGAUCACGAGGUCAAGGUAGCCAAGUUGCUUGGUGAAAAGAAGGGCGCCACCAUCCUCGCGCUCACGAAGCUCGUGGAGAAGCGCCGCUCCACCAUCGACGACAUCGAUUCGUUGUACAACGAAAUCCGCAUUGUAGAUCGAGACACAACCGUCGCGAGCGAGGAGCUGGCCAAGGUGAAUGCUGACAUCCAAGAUGCGGACGCCUGGCUCGAGGCGCGGCCGAACCCGGCCGACUCGCUGGCGCGCAAGGUCAUUGAGGAGGACUCCGCCACGCUCAAGGAAGAAAGGGAGCAAACGGUGAAUGAGCAGCGCGUCCCACAGGAACGCGUCAUCAAGGCGCAGGACUACCGCAUUGCGCAGCUGGAGAAGCGGGCAAAGAUUGUCCAGAGGGCUCUCCAGAACAACGGACUUUCUCGCGAGGUCGACAAAAUUGUGGCGCACGGAUGGUCGCAGCGGGAGUUGGAGGUGCCGGAGGACCAGGAGGAGCUGUACGACAUUGAGAAGAUCAUCCCGGCCCAGGAGAAGGUCCACCCUGGCAUCUACAACUUGCUGCUGACGGAGAAGGAGAAGAUGGCGCGCACUGUCAGCAUUCUCACCAUCACCGCCAAGGAGAAGGAGGAGCUCAUGGCUGCCCUCACGGCCCGGCUAGAGAAGUUGGCAGCGGAGUGCAACGAGGCGAUCCAGGAACUGGACAACUACGCAUCGGGGAUGGUGUUUUCUGAGGAGCAGCAGCGUGUGCAGGCGCUCAAGUGGGUGCGCGAGCAACGUCGGCACUGCGCCAAGCUUUUCUAUGAGAAAUCACUCCUUGAGAGCGUCGUAGAGGAGGAUGGUUAG